AUGGAAGGUGAAAACUAUGAUUGUCCUUGCGAAGAUCAUCUAAGAUGUAUGCAACACGAAGCCGGUCAUUUUCUAGUUGGCUACUUGCUUGGGGUAUUACCAAAAAGAUAUAGAGUACCUAGCAUGGAGGGUCUGAGGCAAGAAGAAUUUGCUGGAGGAAAGGUGGAGUUUCUCGGUUUUGAGUUUCUUAGUGAACUUGAUACUGCAACUACUUUAUAUAAAGACUUCACCAAAGGAAAACUAAGUGACGUGGCCAUUAAAAGGAAAAUUUCAUUCACGGUUUUAAAGAGGUUUUUAUGUGUUAUACUUGGAGGGUUGGUAGCAGAGCAUCUGGUUUUUGGAUACUCUGAAGGACAUUACUCUGAUGUUGAGAAGUUGGACAGUGUUCUUAAAUGGGUGGGAUUCUCAGAGAAUGAAGCUGACUUACAAGUAAGAUGGGCUGCACUGAAUACAGUCCUGAUAUUAGUUCGUCAUCAUGAAGCUAGAUCAAGACUAGCAGAAGCCAUGGCAUUAGGAAGGUCGGUUGGCUUUUGCAUUGAUACAAUAGAAAGUACUUUACAUGGUAAAGACAUUUAG